CUCUGACGGCAUUUCCCAGCGCGCAAACACUUUCUUUUCGACGGUACCGCAUGACACAUUUCCAAAUAGAAGAAAAAAAUGUGAAUGUGCUCGAAUUUGUAAACAAAAAACAUUGAAAGUGUCGAAUCGAAAUCAUAAAAAAAAAAAGCUCCAAAAACAAAUUAAAAAUAAAAUAAAUCAUAGACGAAUUUUGGCACAGCAUGAGCCAAAGUUUUCAAAGUUUAAUGCACGGCAGAGAUGGAGAAGGCGAUGGAGUUUCGUACUCGGAGCGUCAGUCGUCGGAGGAUGUGCCGGAUUCCACAACAACAACAACAAACACGGCGACAACAGCAGCCGGCGACAAUGGUGGCGGACCAAGGGACGGCGGCGAGGAUGAUUUCACCGAUGACAACAAUUUUGAAUCAAAUUUGCGACGUCGAAAAGGCAAAAUAAUAUCCUGUGCCAAGGAGACCAUCGAAAACGCUUCCCGCCAAUUACGCCGCAAAGUGCCCUACGCAGGUCAUCUUAUGACGCCGCGUCGCCUCUGGCUCAAUAAAAUUCCCACACAAUGUGACGUGGUAAUUGAAUUUCCCGAGGAUGCACCAGACGAGGCGCUCCGCUGGCUCCUGGCCCGCAUCCGCUCCCAACCGCCGGCGGGUCUCGGUCUCCUGGUUCAGGUCAAGGCGCACGAGAGCACGCGGCGGAAUGCCUUCUAUGUCAGUGCUCCGGUUAAUGUCCUGUUUAAAGCCGCCGAAGAAGCCCGCCUGCCCAAGCGUCUGCGACCGGAUUUGGGCGGAGCUCUGCGAGAGUUUACCACCCGCGAAAGUCAUUGUUUCCAGCAGCUGCGAGGUGAUGUUGCCAGCACGGCACUGUUUACCUCCCAGGAGCGGCAGUGGCUGGUCCUCCAGGUGUUACAGGGUCUGCGAGCAGGAUGCAGCGACAUCGACGCCCUUCAUGGACGAGCUGCCGUUGCCGAGGGCCAGAGCAUCGUGGCCGCUUGGCAGGAAUCCGGUCUGAUCACCCAGGUCUUCCCACUGCACGAGCCAAGUUCGUUGACCCAGCUCCAAACGCAUUGGGUUAAGCAGAUAUUCGCACCACAACCAUUGGAUGACAUUGCUGCCUAUUUUGGCGUAAAGGUUGCCUUGUACUUCGCGUGGUUGGGUCAUUACACCUGCGCUUUGGGCGUUCCUGCCGUGUUUGGCACCAUUCUCUAUUGCAUUCUGUGGGGCAAAGGGCAAACGGCCCAGGACAUGGGACACGUGCUCUUCUCCCUGUUCAACGUGGCCUGGGCUUCACUGUAUCUGGAAGCCUGGAAGCGCUAUUCCGUGGAGUUAGCCUUUCGCUGGGGCACUUUAUCAACGCCGCCGGAGCUGUUGGAACCACCGAGGCCACUGUACAAGGGUCCCCUGGAGGAGAACAAUGUGACGGGUCGCUUGGAACCGAAAGAGGCGCCAGCUUGGCAGAGACGAGCAUUUCGCUAUUUGGUCAGCUUUCCUAUUAUCGGAUGUUGCCUGUGUGUCGUCUUUGCCGUGAUGUUUCUCAUGCUGCGCUUUCAGGAUUGGUGGGACUCCAAGUUGCCGGAGGAAAGUGUCUUGUGCUGUUUGAGUGUCAUUCCAAAAGUCCUGUUGGCAGGAGCCAUUACCCUAAUGGACGAGGCCUACUUUAAGUUGGCCGUUUGGCUUAAUGAUCGCGAAAACUAUCGCCUGCAGUCGAAAUAUGAGAACCAUUUGAUAGCCAAAGUUGCGCUUUUCCAGUUUGUCAACUCUUUUCUAUCGCUCUUCUAUAUUGCCUUUUAUUUGCGGGAUGAGGAGAAGCUCAAAGAGCAACUGGCUGGUCUGCUCAUCUCCCGCCAAAUAAUUGGAAACCUUAGGGAGUCUGCGCUUCCCUAUUUCGUUGAGCAAUGGAAACUGGCCAAGCUGAGCUUCAAUAUGUGGGGUGCUCUUAGCCCAACCCAGAAUGUGACUCGCAGUCUGGCCGAGGAAUUGGCCACCGCCGAAGCGGAACUUAAAGCCGAAACCACUGGCACGCCCACCAAAACCCAACAGGCCGAAUCGACAAGUAAGAGGAAUAUUGGUCAGGCUGAAAUUGAGAGCUCCUUGUACAAGUAUGAUGGCACUUUUUCGGACCAUUUGGAGAUGCUCGUUCAAAUGGGCUAUGUAGUGCUCUUCUCGGCCGCCUUUCCACUGGCCGGAGUUUGUGCCCUGAUCAAUAACCUGAUGGAGAUUCGCUCGGAUGCCUUCAAGCUGGCCCAUGUGCAUCAGCGACCUUUUGGUCAGCGUGUCGCAAACAUUGGCACCUGGCAAAAUGCCCUCAGCAUUCUGUCGCUCGCCGCCGUCAUCGUGAACUGCGCUCUGAUUGGACUCUCUGGACAGGUGUCGCGGCUUUGGCCCGGAUUGACCACCGCACAGACAAUCAUUCUGAUUGUCACCCUCGAGCACAUAAUGCUGGGUCUGCGGCAGGCACUCACCUGGCUCCUACCGGAAUUGCCUUCCUGGUUGGCGGCGGAAAUCGCUCGCGCCGAACAUUGCCGUCGGGAAAUGCAGUGCAAGGGCACCUCACCACGUCCCACACCACCGACCCCGCAGUCAACCACAUCCACACAGCCGGAACAGGAUUGUCCCGGCGGACUGCAAAUGGAGAGCGGAGCGAGCACCACCCGAGAUCAGUCCAUGGAGAGCCAGGUGGCCGAGGAUUUGCUGCUUUAUGGUCAGGAGUUUGCUGGCUAUGGACGCAACAUAGAGGCGGAUGUUAAUAUUUGUGAGAACCGUGAUUCGUCACCAGAUUCACCACCAUCACAGACCAGUACCAUUCUAAUUAGACCGCUGCAUGAGUCAACGCCACCUCAUGGUGGCGCCUCCCUAGCCAGUUUGCAUCAGGACGGUAAUGGCGGAGCUAAUGUUAGAAAAUCAAAAAUGUUUAUACCGGAAAUUCCACCGUAUCUUGGAUAUUCAGUGCGAAAUUUAGCCAGUUUAACUGGCAACAAUCCGAGAAUGCAACAACAUCAGAAGCUCCACAGCGGUGCUUCCGCCAGCACGCUCGCGCUGAACUCGUCUUCAUAUGCAGCUCGCAUGCAAUCGAUGCAUAUUCAAGAAAUACCACCAUUCCGUAAGAAAUCGACAGAUUCAGCCGAUCAAACGGGCAGCAGUGCCAGCAGCAGUCCCCAAAGGACAACAAUGAGACAAUUGUCGGCGCAACGGGAACCGCAUCAGACGAUCCCAGAGAUACCACCGUACAAGACGCGCAAGAUAUCCGCGGAGAGUGCCAUGCAUCUGAAUAUGAGCGACAAGCUACACAUAAAACUACAUGCACCAGAAUGGAUGUCACGUUUGAAAGUCAACGACAAUGCAAAUCUGCAUAGAAGCAUAGAUUGUAUUUCCAAGGAACUCGGAAACACGGCAGACACGGCGGAUAUUCUAAAGCCAGCUCCUUCCUGGUGCAAUGUGGCCAUGAGAUCAGGAGCACCGGGCAGCAAUUUGGCCACCCCACCAGCCUCGCAGCACCAGCAGCAGAUAGUAGCCUCAUCGUCCUCAUCCUCCGGCGGCGGUGGCAGUGUCUUCAGUCCCAGUGGCGCAGGACCCACUGGAGCAGCCGGUGGGAUCACCAAUUCCCAGUCAAGACCCAGUGUCGGUGCACUUUCGAACUCCUCGUCCAGUUCGUCCCACAAACAGCAGUUGAAGCAGCAGGCCAAGGAGGAAAAGGAGCGGGAAAAGGAGAAGGAGAAGGAAAGGGAGAAGGAGCGACUGAAGGAAAAGGAAAGGGAGAAGGAAAGGGAAAAGGAAAGGGAAAAGGAAAGGGAGAAAGAAUCCAAGGAUAAGGAUAAGGAUGCUCAGGGAGCAGCAGCAUCCACAUCUACAGCAACUGAUGACGAAGCUAAGGCUGCUGAAUUGGCCGCCAAAAAAUCUCGUCUCAAGCAAAAGCUGGUCAAAAGUGCGAGAUCCGUGGCCAUAUUCUCGCUUAAACUAAAAGAAAGAAGACAACGUGAAGCGGAGAAGGCAGCCACCAUUGCAGUGGAGCAUGCCAAGGCUCUGGCCAAGCUGCCGAUGCCGCAGCCCGUGGGAGGCGAACUGUCCCUUAUACCCAUCGAACACCUAAUCCAAAUCGAGGAUAUCAUACCCGCGAUGAAGUCUGCUGCUGCGGCAUCCAAUAUGUCGGCACCUGCAACAUCAUCGAGUCAAGCUGGCUCCUCAUCGACGUAUCAUCAUCAACAGCAGCAACAGCAGCAGCAGCAGCAGCAGUUACCAUCCACCUUCGCAGGCACAUCCGCAUGCGGAUAAUUAGGCUUCUUGAGCAUUAAGAUUGAUUAACCACCCUAUCGCACACUUUGUAAAUAGUUUUCUAUGCACCCGCCCCCAUCUAGCCGAGAUUUUAUCGAAGUUACUGAUGAUAUAUGAGCAUAUUUGCUGAAUGUGUGUCUUGUCCAGAGUUGGAAGCAACUAAUUAACUAUACAUUGUGGUGUACCGUAUAGCGAAGUUAAGUUAAUCAAUUUACUAAUACGAAUAUGUUUUUCGAAAAUCAUUUCAUAUUUAAAAUUUAUCAAGAUUUUUUUAUCAUCGGAGUUCAAUUGAAUACGUAUUUAAGCUGAAUAAUGUUUAUGGGGAUUAUCAGAUUCCCUGGUACUGUGCAAUAGUAAAGCCAAUAGUAGUCAGCAAACAAAACAAUAAUUUUAAAAAGAGAGAAGCUGUAAAACGAAUUUUUGUUUAGCGUUUUAGCUGUUAAUGUGUUUUUGGUAGUCAUUGUUGAUUAGCAUUUAGCCGUAAAAAAAUAUUUGUUACAUGAAAAAUGUUGAAAAAGUUGCAUUUGCAUUUAUGUUGCCAGUGAACGAAUAUUGAAUAGUUACGAAUAUUAAAUAACGAACACAAUCAAACACUCUCACACCGAAAUCAAAACCGAACACACACCACGACACGCAUAACUGUGAGAUAAUAUCGUCCAUUGUUCCUUCCAUAUACAAGGAUAACGCCUUCGCACUCGCUUUUAGCUAUGGUACAACAGAUCGGAUGAUAAACUAUUACUAACUGCAGCUUGCUAUUAACGAAGAAACAUAUGUAUUUAUUACUUGCUGCUAAGUGUUUUCCUCGAUUUACUAUUGUAUUGUUCUAGCUUGAUCAAAACAAAACGAAUGAACUUCACACUUUAUCGACAGCCUAGUCAGAAGAUCUACACUUUAACAUAGAUGCACCCGAACACAAAGGAUAUUUGUAAAUAUAUUCUAGGAACUAAGUGUAAUUUAAACGCGGUAUACACGCUAUACGGAUGUAUAAUUAUAUGUGCUCUUGUGUUGGAAAAAAAUUUAAAG